AUGCCGCACCAUGCGAUCCCACCAAAUCAUUAUACCUUCUCAUUUACUCGCACCGGUUACAAUGGUGAAGAGCCCCUACUGUCCCUAAGACCUGCUGCUCAUCACCUGACGGGUCCCGGUUCAACAAAACCCGCAUUAAUACCGAAGAGUCAGCUAAAAUACUUAUCUUUCGUGGUCCAAGGAAAUGGAAGAAGUAGGCAGAAGUACACGUAUUGGAGCGCUAAGAAUAUUGCGAAGGAUCCAAGAGUUAAUUUUAAGAGAAAGACUCUUCUAGUGGCCAUUGGUUACUUAGACAGCCCGAACCUGCCGAUAUCAGCCAUGUUCGCAAAUGAAUACGAAGACCGAGGGUACAACGUCAUCUUAGUCGACAAUCAAAGAUUUGCGACAGUGCAUUAUCAUUUAGCAUCCCGCCUAAUGCGUCCCGUCGGGAAACACGUCGCAGAAGUAAUAAUCCAACUCAUGGAAUUCGGCCUAGAUCCUUCCAAAUUAGAACUCCUAGGGUUCAGCCUAGGCUGCCACACUGCCGGUUUCAUAGCCAGCCAUUUCCAAACAAUGACAGGACGAAAUAUAUCAGCGAUAACAGCACUGGAACCAUCAGGACCAUGUUUCAGAAAUUUGGGACCGUCGGAACGACUGGAUGCUUCAAAUGCUGAUUUUGUCCAAGUCAUUCAUACGAACAUCGAUGGUUACGGCAUGGCGACUCCAAUGGGUCACGUGGAUAUUUACGUCAAUGGUGGGGAGUAUCAACCCUCAGAUAUAACAGUAUAUCCGUGUACAUCAACUUGCAGUCACUUCAGGAUUUUGGCGUUGUGGGUUGCAGCAUUGAAGAAUCCGAGAAAGUUUGUAGGUAUAAGAUGUAACAGCAUUCAACAGGCCAGAGACUCGGAGUGCUACAGUAACGUGCCUUUGGAGACCAUCUUAAUGGGUCUGUUAAUUGACAGGUCGAAAAGAGGUAUAUUUUAUUUAGCCACGUCUGUGGAGUACCCGUUUUAUUUGGGUGCAAAGGGGCUGAAGCCAGAAUAUGUUUAUUGGAAAACUCUGACUAAUAUCAAUGAUGGGGAUGAUGUGGAGAUAUACACUUGA